CUGAGUACCCUGCCGUGGUAUUCCCCGUUGGUUCUGGAUACCAUAGCUGGUAGCCAGACCACGGACCACAAGCGCCCUCUACGGGCUCAACGAAAUCGGUACACCUCACCAGAGUACCAAAAGAAAAUAAUAAAACUGAGCACCUGUGUGGUGUUGUCAACUACCAUUUCUGUCUCCCGUGUCAGUGAAUACCCGCACCCUCCCACACGUGGUGUCAGAAGUGGGAUUCACUGGCACUGCCCAAACAAAGCAGUGCACCCACCAACGGAGAAGGAAUGGAUGCCGUCCAAUUUUUGGCCAUGAUGGACCUCCUGCGCCAGACCCUAACUGCUGCGGUGCAGGGGGCUGCUCGACCGGCAGGUCCUGACCCCAGGUUACAGAGACCCACAAAGAUGACAGCCGAGGAUAAACCCGAAGCCUACCUGGAGGUGUUUGAGGCCAUGGCGACCUCGGCCGGGUGGGCUCAGGCACAAUGGGCCAGCUACCUCUUGCCCCAGCUGACGGGAGAGGCACAGGCAGCAGCGAGAACGCUAUCCCCUGAGAGGAUGAUGGACUACCCCGCGCUGAAAGCGGCCAUCCUUAACCGCGUGGGGGCUACCCCAGAGGGGUACCGGCGAAAGUUCCGGGAGGAACGGUUCUCCGCAGAGGAGCAUCCCAGAACGAUCGCGCAUCGUUUAAAGGAUUACGCCAUGGGCUGGCUGAACCCCGACGCGAGUACCAAAGCCAGGAUAGUGGAGGUGAUCGUGGUGGAGCGCUUCCUGGAGUGCUUGGCACCGGCACCUCGGCUGUGGGUGCAACGGCAGGCACCUGCCACUCUAGAUCGGGCGGUCGAGUUGGCGGAACAGUACCAGGCAGCAGAGCCAACGCCAGCAAGACUGCCUGGAAGGAGUACAAUUGCUGUAUCACCCCCUCCACUGGCCCCGGAGAAGGCGAAGGGACUGGGGGGAAGGGGUAGACAGGUAUUUGGACGGGGGGUGUCGGCGGGAGCUCCCGGCCCGGGAACUGGGGCAGGGUGGGGUUACCCACGGGCUGCCGCGGUGUCGGACCGGGGUCUCGCGCGGCCACCUUACCGUCGAGCCCCUUUGAUGGCUCCAGUGUUUCCACCCCUUGUUGAAGCUCCGGGACGAGAAACCAGCCCACCAAGGUGUUGGACGUGCAGGGAGGUGGGCCACAUCGCGCGGGACUGCCCCGUGAUGGAAUGUGACCUCAGCCGACCAGAUCUGCCCCUUUAAACUGGAACAGCGAGCAAGGCGGUCUCGCUUUGCCUACCAACAGACGGGAGGAUAACAAACGCCCGGAAAGAAAAUCAAAGAAAAUAAUUUUAAAGAAAGAAAGGGGAAAGUGGGGGAUCGUUGGGCAGCCCCAGUAUUUGUUAUACAGUGAGACAGCAGAGUGUAGGACGGAGUCCCGGGUCGUACGGGU